AUAGACAACCGAGCUGAGAUUCCCAGCUGGAGCUCAAGCCAGCUGCUAGCUGAGCAUCCUAAACCUUGGGCGGUAAAGGGCGGAGCUGGAGGCUGUGCUGUAGGGUCAAGUGGUACCCGAGAGAAUGAAGCAGGUAGGGCUGCAGGGGUAUGCCGCACUGGCAGGAUAAUGAUGAAAAAGAUCUUCACGGAGGUAGAUGCACUGGCAUCAGCUUAGACUGAACAGGGCCCCUAGUAGUAAGGAGGGUGGGGAAAGCCUAGGUUACUAAGGGAAUAACGCUAGGAGGAGCACAGAGAUAUAUCCGGGAAGAAAGGGUGCUCGUGCAUGAAGGCUACCUGUGCACUUCGAGAUGGCCUGCCACCUAUCUGUUCCUGGUGUUCCCCAGGGCCUAGUGGAUGAUACUGAGGAUGUGUCCCUGGACUUCGGCAAUGAAGAGGAGCUGGCCUUUAGGAAAGCCAAGAUCAGGCACCCCCUGGCUACCUUCUUCCACCUGUUCUUCCGAGUGAGUGCCAUUGUCACCUACGUGUGCUGUGACUGGUUCAGCAGGAGCUUUGUGGGCUGCUUUGUCACUGUGCUCCUCCUCCUGUCCUUUGACUUCUGGUCUGUGAAGAAUGUAACUGGAAGACUCAUGGUGGGUCUUCGAUGGUGGAACCAGAUAGAUGAGGACGGGAAAAGCCACUGGAUAUUUGAAGCCAGAAAGGUCUCUGCAAACCAUAUGGCUGCCACUGAAGCAGAGGCACGCAUCUUCUGGCUGGGUCUCAUCAUCUGCCCGGUGAUCUGGAUCAUGUUCUUCUUCAGUACCUUGUUCUCCCUGAAGCUCAAGUGGUUGGCUCUCGUGAUUGCUGGCAUUUCCCUCCAAGCUGCGAACCUCUACGGCUACGUCCUCUGUAAGAUGGGGGGCGACGGAGACAUGAGCACAGUUGCGGCCAGCUUUCUGCCCCAGACAGUGUUUCAGACGGAUGCCCCAGGUGACUUUGAGAAGCCCAGGCUGGAAGGACUGGACAUCCACCAGCAUUAGGCUGCUGUGGCUGGUGAAUCUGGGGCUUCAACAAAAAAAGACUGGCCUUUGUCACAGCUCUUGCCUUAAAGAGACAGAGAAAAGGAGACCCUUGUAGAAGCGGUGCUCUUUUGUGCCUGCUGCAGUGUGGCUGCCUGGGGCUCCCCACUCAAGGACAGCAAAGGUGGAGAGACACUACAUGGGCUGUGUCCCUCCUCAGCAACCGAUGAUUUUAUUUGCUGAGGGCACAAGUCAGUAGGGUGGCAUGUGGCCAAGGCAGAUUCUAGGCCCAAAGAACUGUUUCCUCCACUCGGAAAGGGCCCAGGAAGCUGCAUGAGAUCCGCUAACCCGCAGCCCUGGAAGAUGAUAAUAUAAGGAAGGGAACCAGCUAGGACUCUCAGCAGACAGGGAGUGUGGCAAAACAUCAAGGACUAAGAAAGGAAAUGCAGAUGGGGUGAGCUUCUGCAUCUCUGAGGAAACACACAUGUGAAUGUGGAAUAUGCACUACCUCUGAGGUGAGCAGAAGCCUCAGUGCACACACCCUGUCCUCCGCCUACGCCCCCAUCGUGUCAUCUUUAUGGUCCUUCCCUGCUCCACAGUGUCUAUGUCUCUCUCCAUCCUGAGGACCAUAUGUAACCCAGGGGAGACACAGCUUUGCCUGUAAACCUUCCUCAGGCCCCAGUCCCCAUGCCCUGUUCCCUUCCUCCCUGACAGGAAAAGGCCAGCUCCCCCAUUUGGGUACACAGUCAUCUGCAGCUGGACCCAAUCUGCCUCAGGCUCUUCCUGAGCCCCAGGCAACUGGCACUGCUCCAGCUCCUGCUCCCAUCACAGGCAUCUACCACUCAGGCAAGCUCCACUCUUACUGUGGGGAAGGUGAAGUCUGCAGGGCAGCAGAGCCCCUGAGGCCUCACAGCAAACCAAUACCUGGAUGAGCCUGGGAGAGAGACAGACGCAAACCCCUCCCUCAGUUCUGAAGACCAUUCAGAGCAGAAAUGUCAGGAUCCUAGGACAUUUCGGUCCCCAGUAGUAUGUCAAAGUGCAGCACAGGAGCGGGGUGAGCUGUCUUGGCACCAGUGACCAAGCGCCUGCCCCAGGUCUCACUGCUUCUCUCCCAUGGCUGCGGCCUCUAUGGAGCUCUGUGGGCCCAGCUCUGACCCACCACUGCUGCUCCUGAAACAAGCCCCGAGCGGCUAAGACGGCCAUGCAUGAGCAAAGGCCCCUCGGGACCGUGUUCAGACUCACCUAUGUGUGGAUCCAGCGGCACUUUGCCCAGAAGAGGGAUCUUCAGGGCCUGGCACAUGGCCUCUGCACCCCCAGUGGUGGGAGGGAAGAUCUGAGACUCUCUCUGUGGGGCGGAAAGAGGAGGAAGCUUUAUUUUGCUUCUGCACCCUAGGACACACUAGUUUUCAGACAUUUUGAAACAGUGUCUUGUUUGCAUGUGAGACUGAAGCAUCUUCACCUGGGCAGUGGUGGAGAGCUUGGUGGGGACCCUCCCUUCCCAACACAGCGGGGGGGAAAGCAGAAACAGGUCCCUAGAGAACCGUCCCUGCUGUUUCCCCGCUAGGACCAGGGUGUGCUUAGGCCUGCCCCGGGGACCCUCACCUUGCACUUGGGGCAGAUGAAACCACUCAUGUUCUCUACCACACCAAUGAUGGGCAGCUUCACCUUGUGACAGAAACUGAUCUCUUUCCGAACAUCCUGGAGGGCCACCUCCUGGCAGAGUUGACAGAGCGGUUAUCCCUCAGCCAAAGGGCAGUGAAAGCCACGUGUGAUCCAGGAGGUGCCCGGACAGUCCUCAGAGAGCUCACUCACCUGAGGGGUGGUGAGGAUCACCGCCCCAUCAAUGUGUGCGGCAGCCAGAUACUGGACCACCGAGAGGUGCUCAUCGGACGUGCCGGGUGGGGUGUCUAUGACGAGGUAGUCCACGUCUCCCCAGUCUACGUCUCGGAGGAACUGCUUGAUCAUACCUGGGAGUGGGCAAGGCUGAAUGUGUGCCUUCCUUCCGGCAUACAUCCCCGGAAGCAUCUUUCAGUGUGCGUGAGCAUUCUCAGCCUCAACUCAGUGACACUGCUGUCCCCAGGGGGCAGGAGGUGAGAUCUGUAGACAUGUUGGGUGGCCAUGAUGAAGUCAGGGGCGCUACAGUCAUUAUGUGUGGCACACACGUGUUGUUCCAGCAGUCGCGUGGCUUAAGUGUCAAGGGCGAGAAGGUGCUUGCCCAGCCGUGCUGCCUGCAUCAUCAUAUCUUUCCCCAGAAAGGGGUCUUCACUCCACACUUCCCUCCUUGACACAAACCAGCCAUGUGACGGACGCCACACUACAGAUCACUUUGGGAUCCUGCAAGUCUCAAGAGUAGAAAGGCUCCCCGAAGGUAAUAAAAUGUCUACACUGAAAA